AUGAAUCUGGUGCUGAGAAAAUGCCUUCUCCAUGUGGCUGUGAUGCGUGCUCUUCUGGCUGUGGGAGCCACAGAAGGACCCAGAGACCAGGACUGGCUUGGUGUCUCAAGGCCGCUCACAACUAAAACCUGGAACAGGCAGCUGUAUCCAGAGUGGAGAGAAAUCCAGGAGCCUGACUGCUGGAGAAGUGGCCAGGUGGCCUUGAAGGUCAGUAAUGAUGGCCCUACACUGGUCGGGGCAAAUGCCUCCUUCUCUAUUGCCCUGUACUUCCCUGAAAGCCAAAAGGUGCUGCCAGAUGGGCAGGUCAUCUGGGCCAACAACACCAUCAUCAAUGGGAGCCAGGUGUGGGAAGGACAGCCAGUGUAUCCCCAGGUAUCUGAUGAUACCUGCAUCUUCCCUGAUGGAAAGUCCUGCCCAUCUGGCCCUGGGUCUCAGACUCGAAGCUUUGUUUAUGUCUGGAAGACCUGGGGCCAGUACUGGCAAGUUCUGGGGGGCCCAGUGUCUGGGCUGAGCAUUGUGACAGGCAAGGCAAUGCUGGGUACACAUACCAUGGAAGUGACGGUCUACUUCCGCCGGGAGUCCCAGAGCUGUGUGCCCCUGGCUCACUCCUGCUCAGCCUUCACCAUUACUGACCAGGCGCCCUUCUCCAUGAGCGUGUCCCAGCUGCAGGCCUCGGAUGGAAGGAACAAGCACUUCCUGAGAAAUCAUCCUCUGACCUUUGCCCUCCGGCUCCAUGACCCCAGUGACUAUGUGUCUGGGACUGAUCUCUCCUACACCUGGGACUUUGGAGACAAUACUGGGACCCUGAUUUCUCGGGCACUUGUGGUCACUCACACUUACCUAGAGUCUGGCCCACUCACUGCCCAGGUGGUGCUUCAGGCUGCGAUUCCUCUCACUUCCUGUGGCUCCUCCCCAGUUCCAGUCACCACAGCUGGGCAACUGCCUACUGCAGAAGUCAUAGGUACUCAACCUGGUCAGGUGCCAACUGCAGAAGUCAUAGGUACUACACCUGGCCAGGUGCCAACUGCAGAACCUUCUGGAACCACGGCUGUGAAGAUGCCUACCACAGAGGUCACAGGCACUACACCUGUACAGGUGCCAACUACAGAGGGCAUAGUUGCACAGGUAACAACCAGAGAGUUGGUGGAGCCCACGGCUGGAGAGGUACCCACCCCUGAGCCUGAGGCUCCAGAUGCCCGCCCAUUCGUGCCUACAGAAGGUAUUACAGACUCCCAGAGCCCCCUGCCGGAGGGUGCAGCUACUUUGAUCGUGGUGAAGCGAGAAACCGCCCUGGACUGUGUGCUGUAUCGAUAUGGCUCCUUUUCUCUCACCCUGGACAUCGUCCUGGGUACUGAGAGUGCUGACAUCCUGCAGGCUGUGCCAUCCAGUGAAGGGGAUGCAUUUGAGCUGACCAUGUCUUGCCAAGGCGAGCUGCCCAAGGAAGCCUGUAUGGACCUCUCACCUCCAGGGUGCCAGGCCCCUGCCCAGCGGCUGUGUCAGCCUGUGCCACCCAGCCCGGCCUGCCAGCUAGUUUUGCACCAAGUACUGAAGGGUGGCUCGGGGACCUAUUGCCUCAAUGUGUCUUUGGCUGAUGCUAACAGCCUGGCAAUGGUCAGCACCCAGCUUGUGAUGCCGGGUGGAGAAGCAGGCCUUGGACAGGCUCCCCUAUUCGGGGGCAUCUUGCUGGUGUUGAUGGCUGUGGUGCUUAUGUCUCUGAUAUAUAGGCAAAAACUUCUGAAGCAGGGCUCAGGCCUCCCCCUUCCCCAGCUGCCACGUGGUAGCACCCACUGGCUGCAGCUGCCUAGGGUCUUCCAUUCUUGCCCCAUUGGUGAGAACAGGCCCCUCCUCAGCGGGCAGCAGCAGGUCUGA